CUCUUCUUCUCCUACUCCUAGGGUCCAACUACACCUGCUCGUCAUCAUUUGGUCUUUUAGUUUUUUGAACAUAGUACUAUGUUCUGGCCAUUUGUUGACGAGGAGAGGUUCUCAUCGUGCAGAGGAUGAGCAGGAAACCUUUCUUCAGAAGAUGGACUCGACGACAGAUCUCGAGGUCUACGAGCUGGUAAGUGGUUCAGACGAAGAACACGAAAACCUCGACGUCAGAACUCCAGGACUGCCCGUCGUUGUUGCAUCUAGUACUUCUAUUAGUGAACAAAGAAGAAAUUCAUUUUCUACUUCUCCAAGACCAGGACCUCCAAGUGGUUCUUCAACAGCUGCAGCCGUGGGUGUCGCUCUAGCUAGUAAGCCUCUCCAAGCAAAUCCAACAUCAUCUUCCGGUGGAGGAGGUGGCGACAUCAUGUUAAGGGAUCGCUAUUCUGCAUGUUGAGGUAUCUAUUUUCAGUGUUGAGGUAUCUUCAAGAUCAACAGGAGUUACCCACUCGUUCGUCUUAAAAUUUCGUCAACGAUAAUUUGAUUCCGAUUGAAAAAGAAGAUAUUUAUAUAUUAUACUGAAGCAGAAACUAGCUCUUCUAAUCAUGACCGCAGCAGACGCCAAAUUGCCUCGAUCCGUCUACCUAGAUGGCAAUGCUUGGGGCUGCGCUUUCUAUAUCGGCGUUCAAGAGGCUUUUGAGGCCAGAUUUGGUGAAGGAUUUGGUCUCAGGAUGGAAAUGUUGCAAGGGGACUCUGCAGGCGCUUUAAUGGCCCUUCUGUGGGCUCUGGGUGCUCCCUCAAGCUUCGCGCGCGAGAUCUAUACUAUGUUGGCUGGUGGUGGGAAAAAAGAGAUGCUGAAACUGCGGCUCUCGGAUUAUCACGAGUAUGCGAUCGAUGAAAUUGGUAUGGCCGGGGACUUGUUGUGAAUGAAGCGACUAUAGAGUGCUAAAUGCUUGCUAUCACGUUCACCAUACUCAUCUUCUGGCUCCUACCUAGUACUGGUACACAAGUUUAAGUACAACUAUGUAUUCGUCAGAAAUCACGGCCCCCAGCUCAAGAUUUAGAACCAACACCAGCACCACGACAAUAUCAUUCUUUCAUCCUGAAACGUCGCUGGCCAAAUGCUCAUGAGUUGGUGCGCGGUAGGUACCAACUUGGCGUGACUAUAGGAUUCCGAGAUCACCGAUGGAUUAGUGACUUUCCCAGCUUCGCUGACCUCCGCAGGGUUCUUCAUGCUUCGAUGCAUAUUCCCAUCUUCGCAAGGAAAGUGCCGUACUUUUAUGGAACAAGAAGUCAAAUUGACUUGGUCAAUGUAUGAUGGAAAUAAUAGAACUGGUACUAGUUGUGUGAAGGAAAUGCGACUGCUAUAAAUAAAAUGAUGUAGUUAGACGUUCAACAGCUGCGACUGCUCUAUAUUAAAAAUGUAGAAGACGUUCAAGUUCAACAUUUUCUUGCUCAUCCUGCUCUAAAAUAUGUGGCGUCCGUACGAUUUUCACAGUGUAGAAAAACGAGGAGCAGAAGGUGGUGGAGGAGAUGCAGGAGGUGGAGGAAAUGACCCUGGUAUCGCUAAUACCAGUGUCAUGACCACGACAACUUCUUUACCAGUUCCUCGACUGCCCAUAUUAAUGCACAAGGACAAGCCGCAAAUAGAUCAAAAUACACAAACAGCAGAAGCAGAUAGUUGUAAUGGCUGUGGCGUCCCUUGGAGUAUGGUUGAGAAAAUGGAGAAGAUGAGUAUCAAGGACAAGCAAGGACAGGGGCAACAUCGACGUGUCGUUUCAACCUCAACUACCUCCAGACCCGCUUUUAUGGUACUUGCAACUGCUCCUGCCGGUGGAACUUCGCCUCCCGCCGACUCAUCUGCCGACGACGACCAGAGAGAUACAGAUAACGAAUCCUCAUCUUCGUCCUCGGCAACACAAGCUGCCCAGGAUCGACGGCGUGUACCUGUGGAUUUGGAGAAAAACAAAAACCACGGUCAUACCCGUCUAAGUGCGAUUGACGGGUGUGUGGCGAUGGAUGAGACCCACCUGGCACACGGCGAUGAAACCUUGGUCGUGUCCGCAAUGCCAUGGUCCGAUUGGCCGGAUAGGUAUGGCUGGGUGAAAACAAUGAUUUACUUAUGUAAUUCGAAUUAUUCUUCUUGUGAGCAACUGAAUCAAAGCGUCUUCGACUUUACACUUUCGCAUGUCUCCUACAAACUAACAAUUCAUUUUUAGGUGAUUCUCAGAUUCGAACUGCAGAUUGAGAUACUGUGUUAGUACUUUGGUUUGAGAAGAUACCCGUUGAACUAAAUUCUCUGUUACACCAAAGCUCUGACUCUAAGACUAAAGAACGUACAACAAAUUGCUUUCUUAACCUUAUCUACUUACUUCAUAAUUUUAUAGGGUCUCCCAACUACGACCCUGACGAACGUUCUAUCUUGCCCCAUCUAAUUUCACGGUUGGUGUGACAUCCAUGCUACCUUAUCGCCUAUGGAAACCCUUUUUCCUCCUGGCGAUCCAGCUGGGGUGAUUGCCUUGGGCAACAAACUCGCAACUCUGUGGCUCCAGCGUGGUGGACGGUUGAAAGCGGGGAAGCGACGCGCGCUGGUGAUGAAAAAAGGCUUCUUCGUUGUUGCUGGGAUAGGGAUGUGGGCCUGUAGACAUAUUGAAGAAAAGGCAUUGCCGGAAUAUCAACGGCGCCCGCCAAUAGUUGCAGAUGUAUCACCUCCAAAGUCCAAGCUCUAGUACCUUGAAAAUUCUAUCUACAAGCAGUUGGUUGUAGACGCAUCUGGAUGUAAAUUAAUAUGUUCUUGUUUCUCUACUCUGUAUAUAUUCUAAAUUAUUCGUUUUGAUGAUUAUUAUUUUCACUGUAGUUGCAUGAUUUUCUACUGACGCAUCAUCUCCUGUCUCUUACUACGCUGCCUUCGACGUAAUUGUGUCUAUUUCCUCUUGCGCAUCUGCUAGUACUUCUGUUUCUGAUUUUUCAAAGGGUUGCUGGGUGUUGCUGUUGUACUUGAACUCCUCUAAUAUUCAUGAUAUCUUCUACCUAGUAGUUCAAAAGUACAGCUAGUACAGACUUUCUCUGAGUCCUCUCGUUUCUUAUGGCUAAGUUCCGAUUGCCAACGUCAGCGAUGGAGGGAAAACGUAGUUUGUAGAGGUACUAACCUUGAUGAGGAUCACGCAUCGACUUCGUUAUCGUCUUCAAUAGAGACAAAGACUCUUUUUAUUCAAAGCAGCAGCAACGUCAGGAGCAUGCAUAUCAUGCGCAGAAAGCGGU